AUGUCGUCGUCCAUUGCAAUCCCCUCCGGCCGGGUUUCGGCCUCGGCUUACGACGACGAGAGCCCAAAGCCGGCCUCCAGCUCGUCUUCCUCCUCCUCCUACUCGACCUCGCCCCACACCCCGGCCAUGGACAAGGCCUCACCGUCUCCGUCUCAGUACCGCCCCAAGUACCUGCACCAACGUCGGCCCAGCCUUCUCAGCACCUCUUUCUGCAAAGACGAGUGCAAGGUGAUCGACAUUGGCGACCCGGAGGGCCCCCGGCGACUGAUCUCGUACCUCUCUUCCAGCCAGGGCUUCGUGUGGAACCCCGAGAUCUUCCUGCCGUCAUACGUCGACUGCGAUUACGUCCCGCUGGAAAACCGCCGCGAGCCCGUGCACGAGAUCCGGCUGUCGGACGACGAGGUCAAGAAGAUGCUGCCGCAAUGA